AUGGAGGCACCCGAACAGGUUCCAGAGGUCUUGUCCAGUGCAGAGUCUAGCUCCGUCAGCUCCGUUAGUCGCCUGGAGAACAACCACAUUUACCUGCAUCGGCAGUUUCGCACUCUUGUUCGUGUUGUGGUGCAGUUGUCCACACGCGUGGCUGAUCUUGAGCAUCGCCUGUGCCUGCAAGCCGUGUUCAGUCUCCUCACACAUUCCACAGGUUGCAAGCCACUCUGUGCUAAGGGUCCCAUGCCGCUUACCAUGCUUCAGCAAGAGCAGGAUGUUCCCGAAGCUGAGUCCCCUGAUGCUCCUCUUAACAAGAAGUUACGCUUGACCCAGGUGCAUGACAAGAUGUUUAGGAGGACUUCUGGCAUAUCUCAGACUUGGGCAGUGAUUGUCGACGAGGAGCGGAAUCUUGCGGUCAAUAAGUGGUUUUCUGUGGUGGUCCUCGAGCCACUCUGCUUCACCGUUGCCAGGGCUUUCUUUCAGUCCAAGACUUUGGGUUUCAAGACUGGUCCCUUGUCACAGUGCAUUGCUGAUGCGUUGUCCAUAAAGGCUGAGAUUGACAAGCUUAAAGCUCAGGGGCUGACGACACUUGCAAAAGUGGCAUUUUGCUGCUCGUACACGCCUGGCUCUGGGGAUGAUCAAGAGUUAAUCAAGGCCUUGGAUGCUGCGUUGGGAGCUCCUAGCUCGUUGGGUCAGCGCAGUGCAUUUCGCAGGCUUUUUCACGAGAGUUUCGCCGUCACAACUGCAGAGAUGAAGACUUUGGUGGAACAGACCGAAGAGUCUACUCCGCGCAAGUUGAGUGUUCCAGAGCGUGCAGAACGUUUCAACACCAUCUCCAAAAGGCUCCCCGGACUCUCUAUCCGGAAUCGUCUGGAGCCCAGUGACAGCAUGAUCGACAAGUUCGUUUCUUUGUAUGAGCAGAAUCGCUUGCAGUUCGUGGCCUGGGACAGAAUGACGAGUAAGGAACAGGAGAUGGUGGUGGGGUCGCAGCGUGAGACAGUCCUUUCAGUCGACUCUUCAGGCAAGCUGAAGACUGAAAAGGGCGACCCUGCCAGGGCUGAGACGUCUUCCGAGCUUCUGAUCCAGUUUGCACUCACACGCCGAGGCAUCGCCAUGGAAAUGGCAAACCUGCUUGACUUCAACUGUCAUGAGAAGUGGGUCGAACGUCUCCUCAGCGCCAGGCUGGACACUGUGCCGUCGACCCAUGUGCAGCCGACAUUCAGUCAGUUGCAACAAGCAGACCGAAAGCUGUUUCAAGUGCUUGCGGAGAAGACCCGAAGCGGUGUGCAGAUCACCUCUGCAGGGCGGCCGCUUGAUGCCGUGUUUGAGGGCGCUUGGCAGUCUCCUGAGGUCCUGCAUCUUCUGCAGCCAAUGCCAAAAGCAGUGGGUGGUACCCCACAAGGUGUGCCGCCUCCACCAGAAGGUGCAGCGGAGAGGCAACCGAAGAUCCGUCGUACCGGGAGCAAGGCUGGCAAAGGUCCUGGGCGUGGGAAGAGCGGCCAGGGCAAAGGCUCCUCGAGGGUUCCAAGUGCCCUCGCAGGGACCCGAUCCCACACUAAUGCAGGUCCAAUGCAGGUGAGCCAAUCUGCUUUGGCUUUGGUUUGCGGACAUGCAGAAACACGGUGUCCAAGGGCCGCUGUGAGAAGGGGCUCCACAUUUGUGGAUGGCCCAGAUGUGGUAAAUCCCAUCCAGCCCUCGAUUGUCCUCUGGCCAAGAGUCAGCAAAACGAGACCAGCUCGUGACUGGCCAAGGGGCCUGAGGUUGGGUUUGCCUCUCAGGCAAUACCGUUCAUGUGCGUCUCACGCACGUGAUGAGGCGGAGCUGCCUCCUCGGGCCCACGAGGGUAUCAGUAGAGCCGAGCAAUACGUCGUUGCUGGCGGCGAGGCACGCCAGCGUGCCAAGCCUAUGCACGUGAAUUCCAGUUUUCUUUCAGACCUUUUAGUUUUCUCGAAGCCAGAGUCACACGAUCAGACAGGAGCCGAGCAGUUUGCACUGCGUUUGCUACGCCAUGAGACCAUCUCUGUUGAGGACUUGUGCGCUUUGUGGGAGAAGCUUCCGCAGUCGCAGUCGACACCGGCUUUGGGGCUGGGGCCUAUAGUCAUGGCGGGGUUGCAGGUCUCCGACGGCCCACUAAGGACUUUCCUCUUGCCAGUGCAUGUUUCGCGGCGUGGCUUCGACAUGUUGCCCCAGGGGCCCCUUUCUCCAGUGACCGUGCACCCUUGCGCAGCGUGCCUCCUGCGUGUUUAUCAGCCUUUGUUCCUUGAGCUUUGCUGCGGUUCUGCCACUCUUUCGGGUUUCAGCGUGUUGCCCAUCGACUGGGGUCGCAAUGUGCACAAGCCUGCAGUUCACCCUUUGCAGCUUGACCUUCGUUCCCGUGCUUCCUGGGGUUUCGUCAAGGAUUUAGUCAAGUGCCGCAAGACCUUUUGGGUGCACGUGGCACCGCCCUGUGGCACUGCCUCCUCUUGGGUUGGACAGUGGCAGUCGGGCACUUGGAUUGCCGAUCGGUAUGAGUUGGAGGACACAGGAUGGGGCUUCAUUCCGCUGCAUGUGCCAGGUGCUGAAGAGAGCUAUACACUACAGCAGUACAUGCUUCCUGUUCAGACGACAGAUGGAGUGCAGCUGGUUCCCUUCAUGGUUCAGGCAGUGAUCCUUCAUAUGGGGGAACGUGCAGAUAUGGGGCACUAUCGUACUUUGCUCUGGUUUGCCGAUGACGUUUCCUACCUGACUGAUGAUGGUGUCAGGGCACGGAAAAUUCGCAAGUCUGAUGCUGAGCUGAUUGAGCGUGGCAUGCCACAUGCGCGCUUGGUGGAGCUUGACUCGCCCGCGUCUUCAAAGUCAAAGUCAAAAGUCACUGCCAGCAUGGCCCGUGGCGUAGGACGAGGCCCUCGUCCGCUCAGAUCGCCGCAACAUGUUUGGGGCCUGCCUGGGCUGAUGCCUGUUGAACUUGGGCGUGUCACCAGCGCCAACUCCAUCUAUGAAGAAACUGCGGCCUUCGUCGUUUGGAUCCUCGACGAUGCCCCUGAUGUGCUUGUAACUGUGGAAAACCCUCUUCACAGUUUGAUGUGGAUGCUUCCCCCGUUUCAGUCUCUUCUGCAAAGAUUGCAUCUUGUGAGCUUUGAUGCCUGUCGCCAUGGCUCUACCAGAGCCAAAGCCACCGGUUUUCUGACCAAUCAUGAUGCAUUCAGCUCGCUCAGUGGCCCGUGCCCUGGUUGUGUUCAGCACGAUGCAUGGGGUCAGACGCCCGAUGGCGCAUGGAGCACCAAGUUGGAGACUGCAUACCCACGUCUCCUCUGCCAGCGUUUGCUGGCUUGUGCUGCACCUGUUGCUGCCGCCCGUGGCUUGCAACCUGACCGGGAUGCUGUUAACCCACAUGCCCUUGCGCGCGCCGCUGCUGCUGUGCAACCUAGAGGACGCAAGUUUCCGCCGGUCAUUUCCGAAUUUGCCUACACAGUCGCCGUGCGCUCGACUUCCGAGCCUCCCUUGAAUGAGAAGUCCGCCUUGUCCAGUGCUUGGAUGAUGUUCCGCCCCAUGCAAAACUUCUGCGCCACGUGCUUGAUAGGGGGUUGGAUACUCAGCUUGCAGAAGGUGGCAGAGAUCUCCCAAACAAGUGGCAUCGCACGUUCCUCAAAGGAGCUCUCCCAAACAAGGGGCGGUGCACCUACGACAGCGUACACUUUCGGAGUAUACCGCACGCCCAUGCAGUUUCUUGCCGAAGCCAAGUUGAUCACGCAUCCCUUUGACUCUGCCAGGGCACUCCCCGACCCGAUGCUCAGGGUCUUGUUCACGACGCUCACCAAAGGGCCAUUGGAGAUCAUGAAAAUUGGGCUUGCAAAACUGAAGCUUUGGAAGCAAUGGGCGGCAGAACUGCAACCUGAAGAACGGGCUCUCAGGAGCAGCAUGGCUCCGAGUGUUCGCAAGGUUUUGGGAAAUAAGCGCAUUGCAUUGCUACGCAAAGUUGCCGAAUCCCUAGAGUGGCCUGACACGAGCGUGUUCGGCGAGCUGACUGAGGGUUUCCGUCUGACGGGGUACAUGCAGCGUACCGGUAUCUUCACACCUGAUGCGAAACCGGCAAACAGCACCGAGUCGGAGUUUUGGCUCGCUGCUCCGAUUCGCAGAACCACGUUAUGGGAGAAGGUUCAGUCGCAGCCAGAGCAGGACUACUCUGAGGCCAUUUGGAGCCUGACGUUGGAGGAGGCGGACCAGGAAGGCAAGGCUUGGUUGGAAGGGCCAUACGGUACGCGCGAGCUGGACGCCAUGUUCGGGGGUGUUUGGUCCCCUUGCAGACGGUUUGGCGUCUGGCAAAAUAAGUGGAGGGCCAUUGACGACAUGACCGAGUGCGGUGUCAACGCGUGCUUCGGUUGCUUUGAGCGCCUCUCUUUGCGGGCGCUUGAUGAGUUGUGUUGGACUUGCCUGGCCCUCAUGCGGGCGGCCAAAGCUAAAGGGCAUGUGUGCUUUGUCCUCAGUACAGGUGAGCGAUUGGAAGCACCUCUGCACAAGCUGUGGCAUGAUUGUGAGCGAGUUCGACCCGUGACCAAGACGUUUGACCUAAAAGCUGCUUAUAAGCAGCUGCCGCUUCACCCAGAGGAGCGGACCAAAUGUGUGAUCACCGUCAAGUCGCCAGAGAAUAGAGCAGCUAAGGGUUUUGUUUGCAAUACAUUACCUUUUGGAUCAUCUGCUUCGGUGAUGCACUUCAACAGGAUCUCGCUGCUCUUGCAGCGAAUCCUCUGGGAGGUUCAGGUGUUGGCUACUUGCUACUAUGACGACUUUCCAGUUGCAUCGCCGUGUUUCCUAGGGCAAGGCACCGACCAAGUGGUGCAUGCGGUGAUGGAUCUUUUUGGCUUCGACCUUUCCCUUGACAAAGAACAACCCUUUGGCACUGAUACCGAGACGCUUGGUGUCAUGGUAAACACCGCUGACCUUCGUUUUGAAGUCGUCACCGUAGGGAACAAGCCGGACAGAGCAGCGGCGAUGGUCAACAAGAAUGAUGAUGUUUUGGCAAAGGGCGCAGUUGUCACGCGUGAAGUUCCUUCAGUGCUGGGACGGCUGCAGUUCUCUAAGGCGCAACUGCUUGGGCGAGCUGGGAGAUUGGCGCUGGCUGAUUUGAGGGUGCUGGAGCAAUGUGCAAGCCAGGAAGUCACUCUUAGUCAGACUCACGUCGAUGCUCUUCUCAUGCUUAAGCGGAGGCUUGUGGCGUCGGUCCCGAGGGCCAUUCUUACUUCGCCGUGUUCGUCGCCAGUGUUGGUCUUCACGGAUGGAGCGUGCGAGCCGUGCGAGCCGUGCGGAGAAACCUUCAAGGCCUCUAUCGGCGGGGUGCUCGUCGAUCCUCGCGCUCAAGUUGUAAGGACUUUUGGGGCAGUGCUGCCUGAGUGCGUGGUUAGCAAAUGGGCAUCUGGCAGAAAGCACAUCGUAGGUCAAACCGAGCUCUAUGCAGUUGUUAUGGCACGCGUUCUGUGGAAGUCCACGAUCGGGGGACAGCGAUGCUUCUUUUUCGUCGACCAUUCUGGUGUCUUGAGCUCGGUACCUCGCGCGACACCAGCUGGAGAGAGUUGCUGCUACAUCUGGAGUUGGCAGAUGAGGCCAAUCCUUGUCUUCCCUGCUUCCACAGGGUUCCCAGCCAUAGCAACUUGGCAGACCCACCUUCGAGAGGGAGGUGGGAUGAGCUGA